GCAAGUUCCACACUGGCCAUGGAGGAGUCCACGUUCAGGGAGCCCGUGCUGGACGCCAAGUCGGAGGUCACCGGCCAGGUGAGUGGCCGCCCCGCCGUGUCUGCUGCUCGGGCGCGCGGUCCCCGCCUCUGCUCGCCUACCCUUCCCCGGUCUGCGCUUCCCAAUUGCACCUGAGGGCAUAGCCACCGUGGCUGUCAUUUAAACUGCCCAGCCCCUAGAGUGCAGCCCGAGCGUGGUUCCACCAUUAUUAGGCAACCUUUAUUCCAAGCUUAUAGAUUUUCAGUGGAAACUGGGCAUGGCUGUGAGCUCAGACAGCUGCCGAUCCCUCAAGUACCCUUACGUGGCAGUGAUGCUGAAGGUGGCAGAUCAUUCUGGCCAAGUAAACAGCAAGUCCAUCGAGAUGACAAUUCCACAGUUUCAGAAUUUCUACAGACAGUUCAAGGAAAUUGCUGCUGUAAUUGAGACUGUGUGAGAACUGAUUCGUGAUUCUAAAGUAAUGGACUCUUCCUUCCAAAAGAGAACUGCAUAUGAUCACAGAAUAUUUAUACAGUGAAAAUUGAGCUUCUGGGGUUGGAGAGAUGACUCAGAGGUUAAGAGCACUGGCUGCUCUUCCAGAGGGACCCAGGUUCAAUUCCCAGUACCCACAUGGAAGCUUCCAACUGUCUGUAACUCCAGUUCCAGAGGACCCGACACACAUGCAGGCAAAACACCAAUGCGUAUAGAAUAAAAAUAAUUAAUUAAAAAAAAAAUUUCACUUCUAAUUUUUUAAAACAAGUUUUUUAAAAAUCAAGUAAACAUGUAUUUUAGUGGUGACCAAUACUUAGCCUAGUCGGUGAGAUAAAAGUGAUUGUAUUAACCACUAAUGUGUGUAGAUAAUAUAUAAUUAUAGAUGAAUAGUGAUACUAUUAAAUGCAACACAGUUUUGUGUAUUAGGAGAAAAAUUUGAAAUCUUACUGAUAACAGACCUAACUUUAUAAAUAAAAUCUUGUCUGGACUUUACAUGAAGUUAAGAAAGCAAUUAUCAAUUAAAACUGCUUCACAAAUUCA